AAUUCAAUGACGUUUUGAACAGGUUAUGGUGACAUCAUUUGGUAAAUACGACGGAAGUUGUACUGCCUUCCUUCAAUGCAAAAUUAAAGAAGAGUGUAUAAUAUUUGCAUUUUGUUGGUUGGACGUUCUCUACUAUGGAUUUGCGGAGAGUGAAGAAUGAGGAUAAGCUGGACUUGUGUAGAAAGUACUACCAUGGGGGUUUUGCAUUGCUGCCAUUUCUCUGGUUCAUCAACUUCUUUUGGUUUUUCAACGAAGCAUUCAGGAAGCCCCCAUAUGAGGAACAGAAACAGAUCAGAACAUAUGUGAUCCGGUCACUGAUAGGGACAGUGAUAUGGACAGCUGCCCUCGUCACAUGGGUGGUCAUCUUCCAGUUGAACCGGGCAUCGUGGGGAGCAACAGCUGACUACAUGUCUUUCAUCAUUCCUAAAGGGGAGCCAUAGUGGCCACUGAUUGGUUGCUGUAGACACAGAGGAGGCCACUGAUUCAGUGCUUUGCUGGUAGCAGGACACGUGGGGCUGUGGACUCCUGUCAGACAUCACAAAGCUGUAUAUAUGUCAUCUAAUGAAUGAAUGAAGAAUGAAACGGAGAGUAACAAUUUAUAUAGAUGUAACAUAGGUACCUAAGAAAGUGUCUGGCCCACAAACUUGGUUUACCUGAAACAUGGAAAAUGAAUACUGGUAUGUUGCAUGGCCACACGUUUCUUUGUGUUUUUCAAAGCAAUCAAUGUUCCAGAGUGUGAAAUGAACACUUUCAACAGGUUACCAACUGAAUAGUCAGAUUAUAUAAUGUCCUCACUACAAUGAGACUGGAGAAGAAGUAAGACUAUGGUAGUUCUGUGUCACAGGUAUAAACCUAUCGGGCCAUCUCCAUCAUCACCAAUUAGCCAAUCACUGUGUGCUGUUCACACACAAAAAACCCUUCCAAAUUGUGUUCGAUGCAGGACCAUCCAUGAUAAGAUUUCAAAAUCACCACACAGUCAUGUCUACAUGAAUUUACAUUGAAAGAUUGAUAGUAUAAUUUCAGAAUAUUGGUUUAACUUCAUAUGAAGCACUGUUAUUUUGCCUGUUAUAUCAACACACGUUAUAAAUAAUCUAGGACCCACAACAUGAUAUUUCACAGUUUUAUUUUAUGGAACAGCUGUGUUCUAAGUGAGGAUUACUGUAUGAUUUGAGAAAGAAGUGACUUUCAAACAAAUACUCUCCUUCAGGAUGAUGAUGUCAUCAGCAAAAGUCACAGUCUACAACUGAUUCAGUUCUGCUGGCUGGCCAGGAAGAAUAAAUGAUUCCAUAUUGUCAUGGUUGAGUAUGUGUUACAAUAACCUGACACUGACACUCACAUUUCCCUCACUUAUACUCUUUUCAGUCCGUUGUAUAUCUUUGUUUAGGUUUUACUUUGCAAUAUUUUUAACCAUCUAGAAGAUAUCACACCUUGCAGUAGCUCUUCAAACUACAACAGCAAAUUGAGGGACCAAGGUUUAUCUGGUGUUAUUACACUGCUGGUACUAGAUGCUCUAGAUCAGUGGUUCCAUUGUGAUAUAAUAAAGAUAAUUGUGUAUUGUCA